AUUACUGUGAUAACAGAUGCAUACUUGUGGUGUUCAAGCCAAGAAUGGUAGCCUCUCUUGUCUUCACUCUUCUGUUGCUCUCUGCUGUAGCAUAUGGCUUUAUCUGUAGAGUAUCCAGUUGUAUAACUUGCUCUAGUUCUCCUGUUGAUUGUAUAGUGACUCCUAUUGAUCAAUACAGUUAUAACUAUUACUGUGAAGCUCCCCCAGACUGUACCCCUCAAAAUGUACCUGGUACAAACCUGAAUGGACAUUACUGUUUUGCUUCUCUUUUUAUAAGGAACUUAAAUUCAACAGAGUUUGUUGGACAUUGGUUUAAUUUUAAUCACGGUGAUUCUUGUGAAGAAGUAGCUGGCUCUGAAUUGACAAAUGAUUGUUUGAAUAUCACCAAGAGAGUGUCUUCAUUGGAAGGGAUUACCAGUUAUGUAAUUUGUCGUUGUAAACAAGAUAACUGUCAAGAUAUAUUCAAUGUUACCAUAAUUAUUGAUCCACCAAAUGAUGUUAGUAGCUCCACUCUCAUUAAUGGAGUCAUAACCAGUUCACCUUCUCCUUCAUCAGUUCAUUCAUCAGUACCUUUGUCUCUGUCUUUAUCCUCAUCUACAAUAGUUGAUAAUGUGAUGUCCUCAAGCCUUAUUAGAGCUACUACAGCUUUACCAAGCACUCCUACAUUAAUCCCUCCCUUUACAACAACCCCAUCAAGCAAUCCUACAACCAAUACAGUAUCUGCCAUAACUACUGCUUUAGUUAUCAUUGGUGUUCUGGGGUUUAUUUUGCUUAUAAUUAUAGCUCUCUUUGUUGUUGGUAUCAUCUGCUUAUAUUGGAAGCGCACUUCAAAAACAAGACAGGAAAUACCUGCACUGCAUCCUCCUUUAAGUUUUGAAAUGAAAUAAACUAUAAUUCUGAGAUCCUCAUAAUUUGUGUGUCAAUGCUAGCUAGAUAUAAUUAUGGACAAAGAACUAAAACAAUUGUUAAUAUUAUAUCUAGAUAGUUGUUAGUAAUCCCAUUUUUACCAUGAUACAUCAUUCCUUGAAUCACUUCAAUAACAA